GCGCUCCAUUCGUUGACUUCGCUCCGGGGUGGACGGACUGCUCGCUCGCUAACAUGAAGAUCAUACUCGCCUUGGUAGCGGUGCUCGCCGUCGCCGCCUCCAGCCCAUCGCUGCCGGCCGCCCAGAGCAAAGUGCUGUGCUACUACGACAGCAAGAGCUAUGUCAGAGAAUCUCAAGCCCGCAUGCUGCCCCUGGACCUCGACCCAGCGCUGUCGUUCUGUACGCACUUGGUCUACGGCUACGCCGGUAUUCAGCCGGACACUUACAAGGCAAUAUCCCUGAACGAGAACCUCGACAUAGACAGAAACCAUGCCAACUAUCGAGCGAUAACGAACAACAAGAGCAAAUACCCCGGUCUGAAGGUCCUUCUGUCCAUUGGUGGGGACGCUGAUAAAGAAGAAGAACAGAAAUACAAUUCAUUACUGGAGUCUCCGCAAGCGCGCACUGCUUUCGUCAACUCCGCAGUACUGUUGGCCGAGCAACAUGGUUUCGACGGAAUUGACCUCGCUUGGCAGUUCCCUAGGAUCAAACCCAAGAAGAUCCGCUCCAGUUUUGGCUCGUUCUGGCACGGGAUCAAGAAGACCUUUGGCACCACGCCCGUCGACGACAAGGAGUCGGAGCACCGCGAGGGCUACACCGCUCUCGUCCGCGAACUGAAGGCCGCUUUGAACCUUAAGCCUAACAUGCAGCUUGCCAUCACUGUUCUACCUAAUGUUAAUUCCACCAUUUACUUCGACGUGCCGGCCAUCAUCAACCUCGUCGACAUAGUGAACAUCCACGCGUUCGACUACUACACGGCCGCCCGCAACCCUAAGGAAGCUGACUACUCGGCUCCCACCUACAAACCUCAAAACCGCAACGACCUUCUGAACGUUGACUCCGCCGUCAACUACUGGUUGACUUCUGGUGCACCUAGCAACAAGAUCGUGGUCGGCAUCGCCACGUACGGACGCACAUGGAAACUGGAUUCAGACUCUGAAAUCUCUGGAGUGCCACCUCUACACGCCAACGAGGCGGGCGAAGCUGGACCGUACACUAAAACCGAGGGCAUAUUGAGUUAUCCCGAAAUAUGCGCUAAGCUGAUCAAUCCUAACCACCAGAAAGGCAUGCGCCCUCAUCUCAGGAAAGUCACCGACCCCAGCAAACGCUUUGACGUGGGCUUAACGAAGGAUGGAGAUUUUUUUGGUACAUACGCGUUCCGUCUCCCCGACGACAGCGGCGAGGGCGGUCUUUGGGUCAGCUACGAGGACCCCGACACAGCUGGACAGAAGGCCACGUACGCCAAGUCUAAGGCGCUAGGUGGCGUAUCUAUAGUCGACCUCUCGAUGGACGACUUCCGUGGUCUUUGCACAGGCGACAAGUACCCGAUCUUGCGCGCAGCCAAGUACCGCCUAUAGACAUAGACAUGCCCGCCAUAUUAUAAUACAUAUAUAAAAAAUAGAAUUGAAUAUAGAUUAUGCACUCCUAUAUACUUUACGGCAUACGCGCGAAAUCUCAAUUUAAUUAAUAAUCAUUAUUUAUAAUCAAUAAAUUGAACUAUAAAUGGUAGGUACACGUAAAAUAAUUCUUAGAAUAGAUACCUAUUAGGUAUUUUACAAUAGUUAAUAACUAUUAAAUAAAAUAAUUAUUUUAAGAGUUCUCUUUUACGUUUCUUAAAAUAUGUUCACUAUUUUUGAAAAAAUAUUUUUUUUAGUAUUGUGUUAUUUAAAAUCAUUAUAUUAUUACGUUUGAUAUUAUUAUUCUACAAUUGUGUAUUUAUGUGUAAUUUUUAUAAUAAAGCAAUAAUCG